CUUGAUGUGCAAACAGAGGCGGGUGAGAUGCGACGAACGCCGUCCAGUUUGUGGUCACUGUACACGUCUUGAACUGGAAUGCAUCUUCCGAAAACGGGCAGGUCGCAGCCGGACAACUUCGACACUUGGAUCCAUCGAUCCACAAAGCCAUCAACUAUCCAUAGAUGGCGAUUUCAAUGGAGCUAGGGAGGUGAUAGCAACACCUAACCCUUCUCCUGUAGGCGAAGCUGUUUAUGGUCUCGAAAGGGAAAGGGCCAGAGACGAGCCCCUGACUGCUAGCCGAGAACAGCAGCACAUUGCCCACGCCUUCCCUUUGAAUGGAUCUCUGCGACAUUCCUUCACGACAAGUCCUCAGUUACUUAGACCCGCCUCUACUAACAAUGUCCUGAACUCGAAUCUUGCCUCGAGGACAUACCCCAGAGACCCGUGUGAGGCAUAUUAUGGCUGGCAAACACCCACCGCCCCCGAAGAUAACUACGACUUCUCCUUAGAUCGCACUUUCGAUCCUCCAAACGGGCAAGACUCGUUGGGAACUUUCACUUUUUCCGAUAUCCAAUCAACUGCUACGAACUGGAGUCAAGACUUCAACGCCAACCCGUCCCUGCAGGCACCCCGAGACGAGAAUGGCGUUGUUCAAGCAGCUGCUCAAAUUGAAUGGCCACUCUCAGUCGGCAGCCUUCUUGAAACAAGUCUUUCCCAAAAACGUCCGGAGUCCUCACUAGCGAAUUUUCGAAUAGAAAGCAAUGAUAUUGAUUUCAGUCCAGGCUCGGAUUACAUGAAGAGUCAACGUUCGAACUUCUUGCUCAGCUAUUUCCGAAAGAUUACUCAGCCGCCUGCCUCAAUACUCAUCACCGGGGUCAGGAAAUGGCGUCGACUGCAGAAACACUUCACGAAGCUGAGCCACCAGCACCGCGUAGUAGCGAGCGCGCUGUUUGCCAUAAUUGAGCUUCUCGCCAAAGAUGACCAAUCAGUCAGUCGAGCAGAUACAAUCGGCAGUUUGAAGUCGAUGGGUCCCGCCUUAAAGUUACACGAGGCUGCUAGGAAAGAAGUUGAGGUGAUGAUGUCCAAAGAAUGGCAAAAGGCAUCAUCGGCUCGAGACGCGCUCUUGGCGUCGAUCUUUCUCCUGGCAUGGUUUGAAGUCGUGAGAGAUCAGGUACAUGAUCAAAAGCUAUUUCCGGGAGAGUUGGCAGAGAAAAUCAUCACCAGUAGUGGACCGUGGAACCGCUACUCGAGGCAACUACUGCAAUGGCUCAACACUCUGGAUAGCAAAGCUUCUCACUUGGGAGGCCAGCAUCUCCUUUCACAGAGAGCUUUGCAGGUGGUCUCAGAACACCACACCCAGAUUAAUGCCGACGACAGCAGCGACGAGAAGCCUUCCGAUGACGAGCGAACCAACAACUCGGUCUUUACGCCACAAGAUCAGAACUCUUCUCCCUCCACAACAGACCUCAGCAGCGGUUCACCUCAAUCCUCAACCGCCACCUCAUCCUUGGUCCCCAGCACCAACAACGGUCUCAGAAGCCUCCGCCAAAUGAAAACAGUGCUCCUGAAUACCGUCCUCCAGCCCGCACUCGACUGGUACCAAAGCACGCAAGCCUACUGCCGCCACAUCAGUUCCCACGACCGACACCACCGCUCCCGCUUUACCGUAAAAGACGAAUACGAGGUCGUGAUCGCGUGCAAGCAACUCGAACUCUCACUUCUUCACCUCUGGCGACAGCGUCCACAAAUCAUCCGCCUCUCGUCCACUCAGCUCCGCGAAAUCGUAUGCGCUGAUGUAGCUUCGAGACUUGAAGCGAUAUUUAGUUUGUAUAUGGCGAGUUUUUGGGUCUUAUUCGUGUACUUGCAUCGGGUUGUGUGGUGGCAUCUUCCGCAUUCCGAGGCGGCGGAGCACGCGCUGCAGGAGACUUGGAGGCAUUUGCAGCGCAGCUUCGGCGAGGUGGUUGAAGGCGGAGGGGAGAAGAAGGUUGUUCAUCCUGCGCUGCUGUGGCCGUUGUUUAUGUUUGGUUCCGAGUGUGAGGAUGCGGAGAGGAGGAAAUGGGCGGUGGAGCAGCUAUUGGCGUUGGGGAAUGCGAGUGCGAUUGUGGGCUAUGAUGAGGAAGGUGAGUCAUUGCCACCGUUUCGGCUGAGUUUGGGAGCGACGAGGAAUGCGAAGAGGGCGGCGGUGCUGUUGGAGGAGUUGAUUGAGAGGCAGAGUGCGAGGAAAUGUAGGGUCGAUGAUAAAGAGCUCUCUAUGGAGUUGUUUGGGUGUCAUUUCUCUAUUAUCUAGCUUUUGGGAGAGGGUUGCGAUCAUGUCUCAGCUGGGGAACCUUCAGAAAAGGGGGCUCGCUUAAGGAGUGCGCGCUUAAGCGAGCCAUACAGAACAUCAGUUGAAUUCAGGCUGCCCUAGUCUAAGCACAA